AUGGGGACCAUCACCAUCUCCCAGCUCCUGUACUCGGGAAUCGGGCUGGCCAGUUUGCUCCUCUUCCUGCGCGCCAUCCUCGCCGUUUCUGGCCAGCAUAAGCCCGUCAACUGGCACGCCUGGGAUCCCUUCCAGCGCAAGGCGAAGCAGGAGUUUUCCUCCAAUGCCCGGGGGCUGAUUGCAAAAGGGCUCGAGGAGGGACGCUCGGUGUUCCGGCUCGCCACCAACAUGGGAACGUAUCUCAUCCUGUCCGACCGGUACGCGGAGGAAAUCAGAAAUGAUGAAAGAUUCAGUGCCUACGAUGCGUUAGUGGAUGUCAUUCUUCUGGAGUUACCGGGCUUCGAGACGAAGCUCAAAGGCUCGCUACAUAACCAUGUCUCUCCAAUUGCUAUCCAGGCCUUGAACAAGAAGCUUCUGCACUUAACGCGCCCCCUCUCCGACGAAGCCAGUGAGUAUCUACGCACCCAGUGGACCGAGGCGUCCGCAAACUGGCAGACCGUCUCCAUCCGCGAGACCGUACUGUCGCUAGUGGCGCAGAUGACGACGCGAGCCCUGAUCGGGCCCGAGCUCAGUCGCAACCCCGAAUGGCUCGAGAUUGCCGUCAGCUUCACCACCAACCGCGCCAUCGCCGUGGCCGCCAUUCAGGCCUGGCCCCGCUUCCUCCAGCCACUGGCCCACUGGUUCCUGGGCCCCUGCCAGACGGUGCGCCGCCAGAUCCAGCGCGCCCAGGCAAUUUUGUUGCCCGUUCUGCGAGAAAAAAUCAGCCGUGCCAACGAUCCGUCGCGUAGGGAGCUUUCCACCCUGACGUUCAUCGACCAGUGCGCCAACGGCGCGCGCUACGACGCCACGCUGGCGCAGCUGCGCCUGAUUGCCGUCUCCGUCCUGACGACGGCGGAUCUAGUGGAGAAGGUGGUGGCCCGCCUCGUGGAGCACCCGGAGCUGAUCCAGCCGCUGCGCGAGGAAGCCAUCGCCGUCUUGACAGCCAGCCCGCAGGGCAUCCACCGCACCAGCCUGCUUAAGCUCACGCUGAUGGAGAGCGUAAUGAAGGAAAGCCAGCGGCUCGAGCCCGCCACCCUCAUAUCCAUGUUUCGCGUUGCCAAAGAACCCGUCACCCUCCAUGACGGCACCACCAUCCCCAAAGGCACCCACCUCGCCUUCGCCAACGACCUGCGCCUCGAUGCCACCAUGUACCCGGACCCGGAGGUCUUCGAUGGCUACCGUUUCGAAAGGAUGCGGGCAGAUCCCAGCACCGCCGGACUGGCCCCAUUCACGAAGACACGCAUGAGCCACUUGGCCUUCGGGCACGGGAAGCACGCCUGUCCAGGCCGGUUCCUGUCGUGCGAUGAGGCGAAGUUGAUCCUGUGUCAUAUGCUGCUCAAGUAUGAGAUCCGGGCGCCAGAGGGGGGCGUUGGCGGGGUGGCGGUGCGUGGGAUGUUUGUGCAGCGCGAGCCCGGGGCGCGGAUGGUGGUGAGGUGGCGCGGGGUCGAGGGUGGGUUGGCGAAGAUUCUGCAAUAA